GCACAGAUUCAAAAAUUAAUCAUGUAAAUAAACUGCUGCAUGUUGUUGAGGCGUAUCUAAUGUGUUUUGAUAAAAAAUAAAUUAUUGCGAUUUAUGUUUAAAAUUUUCCUUCAGAGCAUCUGCUUCGAUGGAUACAGAUAUUCUACUCGAUAGUAAAGACUGCUUGUACGAUGAGGACUUUUUGGAACAACUGACUAAACAUGCACUGCCAUCGUUGUUGGAUGCAGCAGAUGCAUCACCAAGUGAGAUCUUAGCUGAUGCUGCACCACUUCUAGUGCCCGCUAUAUCACCAGUGCAAAGCUUGAAGUCUUCUCCAAACGAAAGCAGCAGUUCUGACUCUGGCAGUGAAGAUGAUUCUAAAAAUGGUUCCUGCACAUCUUCCAAUAGGCAAUCAUCCCAAUCACCGUUUGAUUGGCCGACAUUCAAUGAGGAACCUACAAAUCAGCUGAGGCUUGAAGAUGUAGAACUAUUUUUGCAAAAAACAGUUCCAUUAACAACAAGUACAAAUGUGGUAUUUCCUGAUACACCACCAAAGUCAGGAGCUUUAGAUAAAACUAGUCCUGUGAUGGCAAUUGAAAAUGGAAUCAUAAAGGUUGUUAAGCAAGAAUACAAUCAAAGCAUUGAUACUGACAAACCAAAUCAAACCAAGGCACUAAACAAUAUCAAUUGUCCAAAUUCGAUCUUCAAAGUAGUGAAUGAACAUUCCCAAAGCUUUAUUAAAAACGAAGAUAAUAAAAUCCUAUAUGCCACUGAACAAAACAGAGGUUUGAAGAUAUUGAAACCUCCACCGCCAGUGACAAAACCAACCAGUGUCAUAUCUGAGAGUACAAAUGAUAGAAAGAUUCCAAUAUCGCAGCUGUCUCAAACAAAACAUAUACAUAUUCAGAAUACAAAUAGUAAUGGUUACCAUGUUCAGGCAUCCCCGCCGAAAAAUACCUUAGUUAUCAAUGCAGAACCAGAAGUCCACCAAACUGGUAGCAUUCAAAGUAUUGUUGGGUAUCAAACCAGCUAUAGCGGAAUAAAGAUUCCUACUAGCAUAGAUUUGUCGAAUUUAACGGAAACAGAAAUUAAAGUUCUUAAAAAACAACAGAGGAUGAUAAAAAAUCGGGAGUCUGCUUGUCAAUCGCGACAAAAGAAAAAAGAAUACGUAACAGCUUUAGAACAACAGCUUUUAGAAGCACACCAAGAGAUUGCACAACUCCGACUUGAAAAUAAGAUCUUAAGGGACCAAUUACAAUCAAAUGGAAGGAGUAGGAAGAUCCCACGCCUAGAUACAUCAAUAUUGAUACCCAAAAAGAACAUUGCAGUUCUUUUCGCCAUGGUUUUUAUGGUUUCUUUAAAUUGGAAUGUCUUAGGGUGGAAUUCAAAGCCAUUUUCAGGACCAACUGCCACUCAUGUCGGCUCUCGGCAUCUUUUGUGGUCGGAAGAUAACAAAGAUGUUAUUGCUGAUUAUGAUCAAAUAGGUAAUCGUAGUGCUGACGGGAACGACUGUCAGAAUACAACACUAAAUGAUUUAAAAAUCAACCAAACCGAAAGCAUCAGGAUAGCGGGAGAGCUAAAACGUUGGAUCGGAGGUGGAAAGACUUUGAAUUGGACAAAUGCGCCUAGGAAGAACAGAGUAUAUUUGGAUGAAGAACAAAUAACGGUAGGUGGCUUAUUAGAAACAUACAGGCUUUUUAACAAGCUGAAUCUUGACAAUAACCUACUUGAUCUUCCCACGAAUAAAAAUGGGAGGUCCAUUCGAGAGAAAUCCCGCUUAAGAAGACUGAGGCGUUCCAUACCUGACAAGGACAUAGAUUUUUCGGAUGGAGCGAUGUUUUAUGAGAGGCUGUAUCACAAACCUAUCAGAAAGUCUGUCAAUGAUUUCAAUGUGGACGACUUUGGUGAAUGGAACGCGUUGCUUCAAGCGCUUCAUAGGCGAGACGACACGUUCUACGUGGUUGGUGUCGGUAAAGGGGAACAUUUGCUGUUGCCUGCGGUGAGCCAUAAUGUGACAAGACCUCCUAAGAUGGCGUUGAUUUUACCAGCACUUACUGGGAAUGAUUCAUUAAAGGCCGACCAUGUGACGCUUAUGCAAAUCGACUGCUCCGUCGUCAACACAACCCUGGUAAAACUGAAAUCGGAAGCAUUGCCAGAAAACAUUAGAAAAACCAAUGUCGAUAGUAUGCCGUUAAAUCCCAGGCCAGAGAACAAAGGCGUAAGGAGACUUAAACUAGAUCCUAGUCCACCGGAAACUGUUCAAAAUACGAGUGAUAGUCUAUCCAACACGAUAAACAAUAAGAAUAUUGAUUACGAUUUAGAUAUAAGUAAGAAUUUUCUGCUCACUCAGCACAUACUUUCCAAAACAGGUGUUUUAAAUAAUAGCUCAGUAGGAACAAAAGAUCCUUCUCGUGAAGCAAAGUUAACUAAUAGUAAUGAAACAAGGCAAUCAAAUAGCUAGAGUGAUAUAGGUACUUAUAAGAAAUUUACUUACAGUAUUAAAUUGCGAAAUAUCACGUCCUUUUGCAAUAGGAUUUGAAAUACUGUAAAACUGCUUUUUAGCAAUUUUGGUGCCAAAUAUUGAAAUAAAAGUAACUAAUAAAAGUAAAAGUAACUUAAAAAAUAUUUGUGCAAUUUUAACAGAUUUUCAAAAAGGAGGAUGAAUUGUAUAAUUAUCGUAUAGUAAGUAAAUUUAUAUAAUAUAAUUUUUUAUCAUCAACUGUUGUGAUUUUUAUAUUAUUUUCUCAAAAAAAGUAAAUAGUACAGUUAUGUUUUUAAUAUACCAUGACAAUGAUGUUUUUUAAUAAUUAUCUUUUGCUCCAAGCUUUUGCUAUAAAAUAUAGUUUAAAACUCAAAAUCGAAUACUGGGAAGUUGAGUAGCCAUUUUAAAUUUUAUUCCUUUUGACAGAUCUUAUAUCGUAUUGUUAACUGCAAUGACUGUCAUCCAUACAUUCUUGGACCCUUCAGCCCUAAUUCGCACGAGCGUUAAAAAAGC